AUGGGUGCGUGUGCAACGAAACCAAAAGAGUUGAAAGGAGAAGCGCCUGAAGACGCACAGGAAAACGUGGCAGUUGUUGCGGAUGAACAAGUCAAGAGCGCUGUUGCUGAUGACGAUGCUGAAAGACGUCGAUCUCUCUCUAACUUGUUCAAAGAGAAAGAAGAAGGUAACGGAUCGGAGCAAGUAAAAGAGGAGGCAUCUCAGAUAACACAAGUUUCCGAACCAUCACCAGCCAAGCCAGAAGAAGUUGAGAAGGUCAUUGAUGCUCCUGUGACAUCCGAGAUAGGAAAAGCACUAGAAGUGGGAUCAAUUACUGCUGAGGCCCCCAAGGUGGAGACUUCCGAGGAGAAGAAGACAGAGGAAGUAAAAUCAGAAACUAAGGCAGAGGAAGUAAAACCAGAAACUAAGACUCCUGCUGAGAAAGAGGAAGUUAAACCAGAAACUAAGGCACCUACUGAGAAGAAAGUUGAGGAAGUAAAACCAGAAACUAAGGCUCCUACCGAGAAGAAAGUAGAGGAAGUAAAACCAGAAACUAAGGCUCCUACCGAGAAGCAAGUAGAGGAAGUAAAACCAGAAACUAAGGCUCCUACUGAGAAGAAAGUAGAGGAAGUAAAACCAGAAACUAAGGCUCCCACUGAGAAGAAAGUAGAGGAAGUAAAAUCAGAAACUAAGGCUCCUACUGAGAAGAAAGUUGAGGAGGUAAAACCAGAAACUCAGGCUCCUGCAGAGAAGAAAAUAGAAGAGGCACCAGCUGCAAAAAAUGCCCCAAAAUCUGAAUCUCCCGUGGAGACAAAAGCAGAAGAAAAACCAGCUGAUGAGUCAAAGGUAACUGCAAUAGAAGCAAAGAAGUCGAGUUAGUUUUGGUAGGAUAAUCGAACCAUAAUGCGGAAGGUUUUGAAGAAUGAAACUAUGCUUCCUUAGUUGCUUGAAGAUUGCAUGGUGGAAGGUGUGGAAAUGAUUUUUGUUGGUUGAGUAAGAUUUAAUCUUUUAUUUGUUGAUUUCAUUCUCGUUGUUGUUUGAGUUCUAUUACACACGCUAUAUUUUUAUCUUGUUCAUCAAUGAUGGCACGUUUGAACAUACUCUAUCAUUAGCUAUUUGAAAUACAAGUUAAUAUAUUUGCCA